AUGUCUUCUCACCAGCGUUCCAACAGGCGGGGUGUCAAGCCCACGGAAGGCUGGAAUCCUACCGUCGGUGACCUAAUUGUCUCUAACUGGACCUCGACGGUAGAGAUCCUCUGGUUAGCUUUCCGAUUUGAUCCCAUAUUUGUCUUGCCCGUACAUUCUCCUGCUGCUCCUGAUCCACAGCUCUCAACGCCCCCUGCAUCUCCCAUCACUCACACGCCAGGAAGACGCACAGGUACAGGUUCAGCAGCCAUCUCGUCGCCGGCUACUAGAGCGCCCACCGCUCCCGUACCUAUAGUCGGCUUCCGUGAAGUAUCCUUAUUGUCUAUGCUAAGUGCGACGGGGCAUGUUGUAACUGCUACCCAGCUCGGAACUUCUGGAAUAGAAAGCUUGCAACAGAUCCGGAGUCGGGCGGACCGCCCAGUCGUUGUGUUCCCUGAAUGCACAACCAGCAAUGGCAGAGGACUGCUCAGAUUUUCAGAGCUAUUCAAAGAUGUUGAUGUUCCUGUGAAGAAAUUUAGAGUGUUCCUCAUGUGCGCGCGCUUUGACCCACCCACUGCCCUGUGUCCCAGUAUGACCCAUCCUAUUCCUUCGAUGAUGCUCAAUCCACUCUCGCAUAUUUUCACCCUCACCACCUCCCUCAUACCCCUUUCAAUGUCCAUUAAACUGCUUUCUCCGACGGACUCGCCCAGUUCAGGCACUUUCCUCGCCAGCGAGUUCAUCACGCAAGGCAAAACAGAUGAUAUCUUAACUGAAGCUUGCGCAGCCUUGAUCGCACAGAUAGGGAAAAUAAAAAGAGUUGGCCUUGGAUGGGAAGAUAAGCGUGCUUUCUUGGAGUUCUACAGGGGAAAAAGGCGAUGA